CUGAGCUGAAGCUGGCCAACUUCAGCAGCUGCCUGUGUAGGAACACUGCACUCUGCCAUCUCUAUCUUUUCCUCUUUCCUCCAGCACACUCAAGACAGAAAACGUAGAAUGAUCUAACUGCUUCUAGUUUGUGCAUGGGGUGUGGAGGGCAGGAAAGAGAGAUCAUCGGAAAGGGCUGUUGAGUACUUUGGACCAUGCGUGCUUUUUUAAAAUAAGUGGUGCUAUUUGCAGCAAGCUCUAUACACCGGAUCCUGCAGACAUCUCUCCCUUCUCUCCCCCUACCCCCCCUCCCAGCUGCUUCAAGGCGUGCCGUUUCUGUUCUUCAUUUCUGGGAAACCAUGGACAAAAAACAAGAUCCCAAAGGAUCUUUAGAGCCACCCAAGCCAGUGAAAGGCAAGAAAAAACGAGAUCUGAAAAUAACAUGUCCCCCCAUCAAGCAACCUGUCGUGAACCCAACGCCCCCAAGGAACUUGGACUCCAGAACCUUCAUUACGAUUGGAGAUAAAAACUUUGAAGUGGAGGCCGAUGAUUUGGUGACCAUUUCGGAGCUGGGCCGUGGGGCCUAUGGAGUGGUGGAGAAAGUACGGCAUGCCCAGAGUGGCACCAUCAUGGCUGUCAAGAGAAUCCGAGCGACCGUGAACACUCAGGAGCAGAAGAGGUUACUAAUGGACUUGGACAUCUCCAUGAGGACAGUAGACUGCUUCUAUACAGUCACCUUCUAUGGAGCCCUCUUCCGAGAGGGUGACGUGUGGAUCUGCAUGGAGCUGAUGGACACCUCUCUGGAUAAAUUCUACAAGAAGGUGCUGGAGAAGAAGAAGACGAUCCCUGAGGAUAUCCUCGGAAAGAUCGCUGUGUCUAUUGUGCGAGCACUGGAGCAUUUGCACAGUAAACUGUCAGUGAUUCACAGAGAUGUGAAGCCUUCCAACGUUCUCAUUAACAAGGAGGGGCAUGUGAAAAUGUGCGACUUUGGAAUCAGUGGCUACUUGGUGGACUCCGUUGCUAAGACUAUGGACGCAGGCUGUAAACCCUACAUGGCUCCCGAGAGGAUAAACCCGGAACUGAACCAGAAGGGCUACAACGUGAAGUCCGAUGUGUGGAGUCUUGGAAUCACAAUGAUCGAGAUGGCCAUUCUCCGCUUCCCCUACGAGUCCUGGGGCACCCCCUUCCAGCAACUCAAGCAAGUAGUAGAGGAGCCUUCGCCCCAGCUCCCUGCGGAUCGCUUCUCAAAGGAGUUUGUGGACUUCACGGCACAGUGCUUAAGGAAGAACCCUGCCGAACGAAUGAACUAUUUAGAACUUAUGGAACAUCCUUUCUUUACCUUGCACAACACCAAAGAGACUGACAUGGUCUCCUUUGUGACAGAGAUCCUCGGGGAAGACUCCUAACUCACCAGCCUCGCUGCCACGUACGGUCACUUCAAACCAACGUCCUGGCUUCCCUGCACAAGAGAGAAUGAGGACUCAUGUUCACGGUGGUUUGCACAAAUUGCAUCUCCCCUGCCUGUGUUCAUCUCCAAGCCAGCCAAGCGUGGGGGCACUCUGGUUUUUAUCAUCUGUACGCUGAAAGUUACACAGGAAGGACCUUGGAAAUUGACACACACAGUGAUCAGUGCCGUUACCGACUAACCCAUGGGACCGAGUGGGCUCAGGAGAUGAUCUGCUGGGGCCAGAUAUUCCUCCUCAGCUGUGACAGGGGAACCAGACUCCUGGUAUCUGAGUUGAGGAAUCUGCUAUGCCUGAGAAUGGGGCGGGGGGAGUGUGAAAGUGCCCUCCCCCAAUACCAUUCUGGUGCGGCAGUGAAGGGUCCAGAGAAUAUUUGCACUUGCUCUCUCCAUUGUGCAGCAGAGCCAAGAGAUUCUUGCACUCUCCAGUCUCCUGUCCCUGCCUUUCCGAGGCCUGGAGAGGUGGGGAGGGGUCUCUUCCUGAGCCACUGGGAGGGCCAGAGGGUGCAUGGGCUACCUCCAUCAGAGUUCAGUCUUAUUCUGCCUUCCCUCAAGCCCUGCCCUCCCCGCCCAGUACCCUGGCAGCAGGGAUCCCACAGGGCUCUGUUCAGAAAGGGGUCUGUGGAAAUCUGUGCACAGCUGCAGUUUGCUGCUGCUUGUGGAAGAGGUGGCUGGGGGUGUCCUGGCUCCAGGAUCAAAGUGUGUGGCUCUCCAAGGCUGCUCCAUGGCUGAGGUGCCCCUCCCUUCCCAGAGCUCUCUUGAGGCAAACUCACAAACAGGUCAGGUCACCCUAGACUGUUACAAUGACCCCUCUCGCCCCCACUCAAAAGCCUGUUCAGACAAUCCCAGGUUGUUCUAAGCUCCUGCACCCACGCUACCUGGGUGUCUGCGUUCCUGCCUCGGAUUAGUGACCAGCUUCCCCACACACACCAGCUAGUGCACCCCUGUCCAAACGGACACAGGCCCAUGGCAUUUGGGGAGAGGAUUCCACGUGCACCCUUCCCCUCCCCCAAUAAACCAGGCUGGGAUUGGCUAGGCAGUUAGGUGGCAGCUCCCAUUGGCAAUCAGUGAGUUAGGUGCCAAAAUCCCACCCUCAGGGAUGUUUCAGAUGUUCAUAGAGGCUAUGACUUGUCCCCCUUCCCCUCUGCCCCCUGGGGCUGGGCCCUCCCACCUGGAGCUCAAGAACUCACCCAGCACUGUGACUCUUGUUGGUUUCUGAGGUUGCUUUAAUACCUACUCGGUCCUGUGUUAACCAAAAACAGACAAACAAACCGAUGUAAAGCCAAUGAUGUGUAGAGGUGGUGUCGGUAAUUGUACAUUUGAUGUGUGUAUAUAUAAUGGACUUUGUAACUCAUUUCCUAGUUUUAAUCGAACUAGCUAUAAAUUAAACCCUUUCCUUGUGGGAGGAAGCGGGCUCCCCCUUCCUUAACAAAUCCACUGUGAAAACCGGAUGAUGGGUCCCUGCUCCGACAGCCAUAGAGGCCUUUGAACCGGCCAGGGAACGGAGGAGUUACCUGACUUCUGCUGUAUGUGAUCACAGAAUGCACAUGCCAUAUGUGGAUGACGUUUUUAAAAUGGAAUGAAUUUUCUGAUUUUUUUUUCUUUCCAAUACAUAUUUUGUGUGUGUGU